AUAUUUCAUUUAGUUCGACUGUCAGCACACUUGCAGUAGCGGUUGUUGAUUGGAACAAUAAAAAAAGUGUAUCUGUUUUAUUAUAAUUACAAAAAAUAGAAAACACAAAGUUUGCAUUACGCAAUUUUCUCUCUAAAUCAAAGUGACGUAUUGAAAAUUUUCAAGGGAACCUUUCACAUUUGCAUCCAGAGUAAAACAAUAAUAAUAAAAAGAAAACAAUAUGCCUUGCCCAUUCCUAAAUCGAUUGAGUGCAAAUUUUGUACGUAAUUAUUCGGAAAAUCUGAUGCAAGUCUAUAGUCGUUACUGCCCUGUGUUGCGAAACAAUGGACAAGCAGUUUUGACCAACGAAGUGGGUCAAUUUGAUGUUAACUCGACCAGAAACUAUGUGACUUCGAAUGUGAAUGCUCACAAUGAGGAGGAGGUAGUGGUGUCAACCAAGAAAGAGGAUGGGCGAGUUGUUGCACCCAGGGCAGCAACAAAUGCAUCAACUGACCAAUUUGCCUAUGACAACUUCUUCCAUGAGCAAAUAAUGAAAAAGAAACAAGAUCAUUCGUAUCGCGUUUUUAAAAAGGUUAAUCGUUUGGCUGGUUCUGGUCUCUUUCCCCAUGCAAUGGAGUACUCGACUAGGGAAGAGCGUCCCAUUACGGUAUGGUGUUCCAAUGAUUACCUGGGUAUAUCGGCACAUCCGAGGGUGAAGCAGGCUGUAGCGGAUGCCUUAGAAUGUCAUGGUACCGGAGCUGGUGGCACUCGUAAUAUUUCUGGCAACUCAUUGUACCAUGAGUUGCUGGAAGAACGAUUAGCCAAGCUACAUGAGAAGGAAGCAGCUCUUCUAUUCACCUCGUGCUUUGUAGCCAACGAUUCGACAUUAUUUACUUUAGCUAAACUGUUACCUGACUGCCACAUAUUCUCUGAUGCUGGGAAUCAUGCUUCAAUGAUACAAGGCAUACGAAAUAGUGGUGUACCCAAGCAUAUUUUCCGGCACAACGAUAUAGAUCAUCUGGAGAGUAUGUUGGGAAAACUGGACAAGAGGGUUCCCAAGAUAGUAGCAUUCGAAACUGUACAUUCCAUGACUGGGGAUAUUUGUCCUCUUGAAGAAAUGUGUGAUAUUGCUCAUGAACAUGGCGCCAUUACCUUUGUGGACGAAGUUCAUGCGGUCGGACUUUAUGGUGAGCACGGAGCGGGCAUCGGAGAGCGGGAUGGUGUUGUGCAUAAGAUUGACAUUAUAUCCGGAACGCUGGGUAAAGCGUUCGGUAAUAUUGGCGGCUAUAUUGCAGGUUCCCACAAUUUAGUUGAUAUGAUACGUUCCUAUGCCGCCGGAUUCAUUUUUACCACUUCUCUGCCACCUACUGUCUGCCGUGGAGCCCUUGAAGCUAUUGAAAUUCUGGCGUCCGAUGAAGGACGCGAACUGAGAGCACUGCAUAGAAGAAACGUCAACUACUUGCGUAAUCUUUUGCGAGCUGAAGGUUUCCCCGUAGAAGAUACUCCCAGUCAUAUUAUACCUAUUCGCAUAGGUGAUCCCCUGAAGAGUUCAAAAAUAUCUGACCUGCUUAUGUUUAAAUUCGGACAUUAUAUCCAGGCUAUAAACUAUCCGACUGUUGCACGUGGCGAAGAGAAAUUACGCUUGGCCCCAACACCAUUCCACAAUGUAGAAAUGAUGAAUCAACUUGUGAACGAUUUAAAGGAAGUAUGGAAGAUGAUGGAUAUGAAUCUUAAAAAAGAACAAAUUCACAAUGGUGGUUAUAUUGCCAAAAAUGAUGUCAAUGUUUUAAUAUAAAACUAUUUAUAAUUCGUAAUUGUGUUUCAUUAGUUUUACUCAUAAAUAUAUUUAUCUAUCUAUCUAUCUUUCUAUCUAUAUAUACUUAUACAUACAUAUGAACGUACAUACAUACAUAUAUUAUUCUAUGGUUUUUGGUAUAACCACUGGUGAAUUAUUGCCAUUUUUUUAAUUGUUAUUUUAUUUUUAUUUUUUCGUUUUGUUUAAUUUCAACUUUAGUUGAUAUUUUCACGAAAUAAAUGAAUUGUAUGGUGGCAUGUGAUAAAAAUUUA